AGAACCUUGUUAGGCUGCCGCGCCUGAUGGGCGUGUCAGCGUAAUAAGGCCUGGUAACAGUGAUGUCCAGGUGGAGGAGGAGGAGGAGAUGAAUGUGCGGAAGCGAGCCUACACUAGAAGGGUCACAGGGCCCGUCUCAUCUAUCUAAUUAGGGUGUUUAUGUGGGAUGAUUAGGUGGCUUUUUGCUGAUGCAAUCUGCCAACCGAUGUCAAACACAAAGACGGUGACUGAGCGUGGAAUGAUCGGCCAACACCUGUGAGAUAAAAGGGAGGUCCGUAACAAACACUGACGACGACGACUUCUCUUCAAUCUAGUUGUACCCACCUAUGGAAAACUUUUGGGCCCCACCGCCGACGCCGAAGACCAGGCUCGGCCGCCACCGCCAGCUGGCGCCCCUCGCGGGCGUACACGUAUCGCCCAUCUGCCUUGGAGCAAUGAGCAUCGGCGACAAAUGGACGCAGAUGGGCGCCAUGGACAAGGCGCAAAGCUUCCGCAUCCUCGACGCGUUCUACGAUGCGGGCGGCAAUUUCAUCGACACCGCGAACUUGUACCAGGACGGCACUUCUGAGGAAUUCCUCGGCGAGUGGAUGCAGGAGCGCGGAUUGCGCGACCAAUUGAUCAUAGCGACCAAGUAUACGAACAACUACAAGCGCAGGGAGAACUACCGGCAGAAGACGACAUUCACGGGAAACAAUAUGAAGUCGCUGUACCUUUCCGUCGAGGACUCCCUGAAGAAGCUGCGGACGGAUUACAUAGACAUCCUCUACGUCCACUGGUGGGACUGGACGUGUGGCAUUGAAGAAGUUAUGAACGGCCUACACUACCUCGUGCAACAGAGGAAAGUGCUGUACCUUGGAGUCUCGGAUGCGCCAGCAUGGGUCGUGUCAGCGGCGAAUAUGUACGCACGGCUCACCGGCAAGGCUCCAUUCGUCAUCUACCAGGGCUCAUGGAGCGUGCUCGACCGUGACAUCGAGCGCGAGAUCAUCCCAAUGUGUCGAGCCCAGGGCAUGGCGAUCGCGCCCUGGAACGUCUUGGGGGGUGGCAGGAUUCGCACCGACGAGGAGGAAGAGCGCCGUCGCCAGAGUGGUGAACAUGGCCGGACCAGAAACGGGCAGUGGGAACGUACGCCAGAACAGAAAAAAGUAUGCCAGGCUCUCGAGAAGGUCGCGGAAGAGGUUGGCGUGAAGAGUAUCACGGCCGUUGCGAUUGCAUACGUGAUGCAGAAGACGCCUUUUGUGUUCCCUGUAAUCGGGGGCCGGAAGGUCGAGCACUUGAUGGAUAAUCUUAAGGCCCUGGAGAUCUCGCUCAGCCCCGAGCAAAUCGCGUUCAUAGACAGCACGCAGUCGUUUGAACUUGGAUUCCCAUACAACAUCAUCGGCGACGGGACGGAAUACUCUUACCCAUUCAAAUGUGGCGGGCACUUUGACAAGUGGCCGUCGCAACAGGCUCUGCGCCCUCAUUGAUGCGUACUUGCAGAGUAGGCCAGAUGCAGGUUGCCACGCACCGGGUACUAGUGACUGUGUCGAGCACACGUUCCCCAGGAUCGACUUGCCCCUUGAAUUCUAGACGGAGAUCCGUCGAC